CAAUCGUGCAAUGGUAAUCCUUGCAUGCAAGGUGUCUGUUAUAAUAUUCAAGGCGCUGUAAAAUGUUUGUGCUAUUAUGGAUUUACGGGACAAUCAUGCCAAACAGGUGACUAUUGCAAUUCCAAUCCAUGCCAAAAUAAAGGAAUAUGUUCUAAUUCUCCCAAUAACUAUACUUGUCAGUGUGUAUACCCUUUCAGAGGUUCCAGCUGUCAAAUUCCCUAUGAUAAAUGUCGUGGAAUACCUUGCCAAAAUGGAGCUACCUGCCGAACAUUCUGGUUUGGUUUUAAGUGCCAAUGCCCACAGUAUUACACCGGACUCUUAUGCGAAACCUAUAUAGCAAAGGCCUGUGUUCCAAAUCCUUGCAGAAAUGGAGCCGUUUGCUAUCCUAACAUAUUAGAUUAUUACUGUCACUGUGUCAAUGGUUAUUCAGGAAAAAAUUGCUCUGAAGGUAAUGGAUUUUGUGAUAGUUUCCCUUGUCAAAAUGGAGGACACUGUGAGUACAUUUAUCAUUUGGGCAUACGUAAAGGAACAUGCGACUGUCGUAGGGGAUUUACGGGCAAAUUAUGUGAAAAAAUUGAUCAUCCAAAACAAAUAACGUGUGCCGACAAUCCCUGUGGACCUGGAUCGACAUGUUUAGAUUUAGCGCUGGGUUAUAAGUGCUACUGCUCGGAUAGAUACUACGGAAAGAAUUGCAAAAAAGAAUUCAAUGCUUGCGAUAGACAUCCAUGUGCAACACAAGCUGGAGGUCGAGCAGUCUGUAAAUUUGUUAAUGGAUUUGCUACCUGUCAAUGUCCUGAAGAUUAUAGCGGAUACAACUGUUUAUUUUGUAAGUUUGCAUCUUCAAUUCUUCAAUAUUAA